UCGGCGAUGUGUGACGGCUGGCUCGUGUAGCUAAUAGUAGACUUAAAAAAGGCUCCUUAUUGCUGAAGAACCACGUUGAUGAACUUACGCUACCCUGAUAAGUUAACUAACGCUCUUAAACGGCCUUGGGCCGACCUGGAAUAAUGCUUCUACUGGCGUAAAAAGGUUGAGUUUUGAGUGCGUAGCUUUUUCUGGACGCAAUUAAACCAGCGUGGAUGUAGGCUACGGAGCCAGGCCAGAUUAACAGCUAACGAGAUUUGGAAACUUGAUGGAAAUAAUAAACGUCUCUCACAAUCAAUCAUGUGUGUGGUAUGGGCAAACACAGCACACCGGUAUUGGAGUAAAGAAUUCCUACGUUGACAGCGUCCGACAUGACUGAUGGCCACAAACGCGGGGACGAAAUGUGUGAUGGUGCACAUCCGAGGGGAAUAGAUUCCACAAUGUGCGAGUGGAACAGGAGGAGAAAUCACUUCACACAUCAGCGGACAUAAAACCACUGGUUUGCAUCGUGGGAACCAUCGCCAUAGAUCAUUGAAGAGUGGUGCCGUCGAUAACGAGGGAGAAAGCAGUGCUGCCGCUGAUCAUCUUUCAACCCUAGAUGCUCGUCUUUCACUACAUGGCCCUAGAUAACUCUCCCCUACUCUGAAGGAAUGUAGAGAAAGAGAACUAGAUACUACACACACACACACACACACACACACACACACACACACAUACACACACACACAGAGAGAGAUGCAGUAAAGGGAGAAUGGAAGUGGAGGGUUAGUUGCUAAAGCACCGGCCUUCACCAUUGUCUAAAAUGGUAGCAGGCGUAUAUGUUAAUUUAAUUAAUUAGCUUGAAAUAUAUAGAUAUACUAUGCCUUGUUGUAUUGUAUGACUGUAAGACUUGCCAACCUGGGGCAUAUGUUGGAUGGAAUAUGUUGGAUGGACCAUGGUGCGGCUUCUGCUAAAGAUCCAACGCUACUUCUGGCGGAAGCCUGUGCGUUUCUUCUCCUUCCUACUUUUCUAUCUUGUGGCUGGAAGUCUUGUUUACCUGCACAGUGGUUUCUCUAGCAAUAGUUCUGCUGGCACCAGGAAUCUCCUAAUGUCUGAAAAAGGCAUGAGGUUGGAAUCCUCUGAGGUGGGCCAAAGCCUUGGUCUUAUUAGGAGGGCGUUUAGGGACACACAGAGAUCACCUCAUUGGCAUAGACCCUCUUGGUUGAAAGAAAAUAGGCAGGAAGGUCCAGAACAGAGUAGCCAGAAAAGAGACCACGGCAACAGUUUGAGCCAGGGGGUCAACCAGAGGAGUACCAAAGAUGUGGAAGAUGAAAGAGCCCAAUACAUUGGUUGCUACAUGGAUGACAUACAGAGCAGAGCACUAAAAGGAGUGUCAUUUUUUGACUAUAAAAAGAUGACCAUAUUCCGUUGCCAAGACAGCUGUGCUGAAAGGGGCUACUGGUAUGCUGGCCUGGAGUUUGGAGCAGAGUGCUACUGUGGUCACAAAAUUCAAGCAUCAAAUGUCUCAGAAAGUGAAUGCAACAUGGAAUGCAAAGGAGAGAAGACAAACCUUUGUGGAGGUGCCAACCGACUUUCUAUCUACCGCCUGGAACUCAGCCAGGAAUCUGCUCGACGCUAUGGAAGUGCCAUCUUCAAAGGAUGUUACCGCAGACCAGAAAAUGUCACCUUGGCACUACCCAUCACUGCACCAAUAAGAAAUCUGUCUGUGGAUAAAUGUGUUGACAUGUGCACAGAGAAGGAGCUUCCUCUGGCUGCACUGUCAGGCCAGCAAUGUCAUUGUGGCUUCCGCACCACUCUGUUCACACUGCAUGAGCGUGAGGAUGAGGACCUGUGUAUGCAACGCUGCAGUGGGGAAGAUUUUGAGAGCUGUGGAAAUGAGGAAUUCUUUGUGGUGUACCAGACACAGGUUCAAGAUCAUCGCUGUAUGGACCGCAGGUUCCUUCCAACUCGCUCCAAGCAACUUGUGGCCUUGGCCAGUUUUCCUGGGGCAGGGAAUACCUGGACCCGUCACCUCAUUGAGCUGGCUACAGGGUAUUACACAGGAAGCUACUACUUUGAUGGUUCCUUGUAUAACAAAGGUUUCAAGGGGGAGCGUGAUCACUGGCGCAGUGGCAGGACUGUCUGCAUUAAGACCCAUGAGAGUGGCAAGAAAGAGAUAGAGGCCUUUGAUGCCAGCAUCCUUGUAAUCCGUAACCCAUAUAAAGCUCUGAUGGCUGAAUUCAAUCGCAAGUAUGGUGGUCACAUUGGAUUUGCUUCCCAAGCUCACUGGAGGGGUAAAGAAUGGCCAGAGUUUGUGAACAAUUAUGCACCAUGGUGGGCCUCACACACACUUGACUGGCUGAAAUUUGGAAAGAAGGUUCAUGUGGUCCACUUUGAAGCACUGAAGAAUGAUAUUUUUGCCCAUCUUAAGACUAUGGUGAUAUUCCUAGGUCUGGAUGUGUCAGAGGACAGAUUGCUCUGUGUGGAAGGGCAGAAGGAUGGAAACUUUAAGAGGUCAGGCCUGAGGAAACUUGAGUACAAUCCCUACACUCCAGAGAUGCGGGCAAUGAUUGAUGGCCUCAUCAAUACAAUUGACUUUGCUCUCAAAAAAAGGAAGAUGUCAGGUGUGCCUGUGGAAUAUAGACCAAGAUGAUAAAGACUUCACACUCCUAUUUCCUCUUCCAAUCGUCCAAUCUAAAUAAUUGAUAGGCUACCUUUAUUGUUCACCAUACUAAUGGACCAAAGAGUUUCAUAGGAUAUGGAACGGAUCACAGUUCAGAGCAGGCUAAAUUGUAGGCUACAGGUUAGACGAUUGAUCUGUUUAAAAUGGCACUGGAAUGAGUGAAUCCAAUGUCAUUCUCUCAUGCACACUUGUCUCAACUCUGUAAUAGUCUAACUGUGACCUAAAUGUACCACUUUACUGUAUAUUUUCUGCUGGCUCUUUAUUUGAAAUUUCACUUUGUUUUUCUCACUAAAAAAUUAGCAAGCUGCCAUCCUGUAAGUAAAAGCAGAAAAAGGUGCAAUAUGGUCAUUUUACUUUAAACCAUUUCAAUUUCAAAAUAUCAAAACAGUAUAAAACUAGAUAUGCAUAGCGGUAUAAAAUAUAACCGCCACUCAGUCCUGAGCAUUCUUUUUGCAAAAAUAAAUCAUGCUUGUAAAUGUG